UCCGCCUUCCCGCGCGGGCCGGGCGAUGGCGGCGCGGGGGUCCGGGCUCCGUCCGCUCCGCCUCCUCCUCCUGCUUCAGCUGGUCGCGGGCCGCUGGGGUCCCGCCGGCGCCGGGGGCGACGCUCCGGGAGGAUUGUCUGAACCAUCCUUUGUUGCAAAACAUGAAGAUAGUUUGUUUAAGGAUUUAUUUCAAGACUACGAAAGAUGGGUUCGUCCUGUGGAACACCUGAAUGACAAAAUAAAAAUAAAGUUUGGCCUUGCAAUAUCUCAAUUAGUGGACGUGGAUGAGAAAAAUCAGUUAAUGACAACAAAUGUCUGGUUGAAACAGGAAUGGAUAGAUGUAAAAUUAAGAUGGAACCCUGACGACUAUGGUGGAAUAAAAGUUAUACGUGUCCCUUCAGACUCUCUCUGGACCCCAGACAUUGUUUUGUUUGACAAUGCAGAUGGUCGAUUUGAAGGGACCAGUACGAAAGCAGUCGUCAGGUACAAUGGCACCAUCACCUGGACCCCACCGGCAAACUACAAAAGUUCCUGUACCAUAGAUGUCACAUUUUUCCCAUUUGAUCUUCAAAACUGUUCCAUGAAAUUUGGUUCUUGGACUUAUGACGGGUCCCAGGUUGACAUAAUUCUAGAGGACCAAGAUGUAGACAAGAGAGACUUUUUUGAUAAUGGAGAAUGGGAAAUCGUGAGUGCAACGGGGAGCAAGGGAAACAGGACUGACAGCUGUUGCUGGUAUCCUUAUGUCACGUACUCGUUUGUAAUUAAGCGUCUGCCCCUCUUUUAUACCUUGUUCCUUAUUAUACCCUGUAUCGGGCUCUCGUUUCUAACUGUACUUGUCUUCUAUCUUCCUUCAAACGAAGGUGAAAAGAUUUGUCUGUGCACUUCCGUACUGGUCUCUUUGACUGUCUUCCUGCUGGUUAUUGAAGAGAUCAUACCCUCCUCUUCAAAAGUCAUACCGCUGAUCGGAGAGUACCUGGUGUUCACCAUGAUCUUUGUAACACUGUCCAUUAUGGUCACUGUCUUUGCUAUCAACAUUCAUCACCGUUCUUCCUCCACGCAUGAGGCGAUGGCACCGUGGGUCCGUAAGGUAUUUCUUCACAAGCUUCCCAAACUGCUUUGCAUGAGAAGCCACGCAGACAGGUACUUCACCCAGAAAGAGGAAACCGAGAGUGCUGGUGGACCAAAACCUUCGAGAAACACAUUGGAGGCUGCGCUGGAUUCCAUUCGCUACAUUACAAGACACAUCAUGAAGGAGAAUGAUGUCCGUGAGGUUGUUGAAGAUUGGAAAUUCAUAGCCCAGGUGCUUGAUCGGAUAUUUCUGUGGAGUUUUCUUCUGGUUUCAAUUGUUGGAUCGCUUGGGCUUUUUGCUCCUGUUAUUUAUAAAUGGGCAAACAUAACAGUACCAGUUCAUAUUGGAAAUGCAAAUAACUGAAACUUCCCAAGGGGUUGAAGUAUGAAUUGUUACCAAACAUAUAUCUUGUGGCACCUAUAAAAUUAGGUAAAUGUAAAUUGUGUUUAAAAUUUGAUGCAAGCCUUAACAGAUUAACAAUUGCUAACAUUGGUUUAUCUUAAUAGAUCGUCCAUUAGAACAUCUGCCUGCAUAACUGAAGUAAUAACUGAUGGAAUAACAUUUAAUCUUCUAAAAAGAGUAGCAAAAUAUUAUCCAAAAUGUACCAGUGAAAACCUAAUGUUUGUAUCUUGGCAAAUAAUACUAAAUUCAUUAUCAACAGUGAAGUUAAUCAGUUCAUCUUUUGAUGAACUUAACUGUUGUGCUGGAAAAUUCCAAUUGUAUUUGAAGACUGAUUUUUAAAGCUUUCUGUGCAUUUGGUAAAGGUAUAUGCAGGUACUUCAAAAAAUUCAUGGAAAGAUUGGUAUUAUCUUUUAAUUCUAUUUUUCCACGAACUUUUUGAAGUACCUUCAUACACUUUAAAUUCUUUCUGUCCUGUAUUCACUGAGUAACAGCUAAUCUUUAGUUUAAUAUUAUACUGCUAUGUAAAAUAAGCUGACAACUUGAUAUAACUUAUGUGAUCCUGCUUUUCUAUAGUGAACGUUUUUAAUAAAUGAUAA